CCAGCUCAGAGUGACUGACUUACAAUCUUGCACCCUUCAUCUCCUUCAUCCUCUAGUUUCUAGAGCUAUGGCCACCACAGCAAUGUCGUCGUUUUCGCUGGCCAAGAUGGCCGGCUUCCCUUCUUCGUCUCCAACUCGCAGGUGUUCUAAGAUUCUGGCUGUAAAGGAAGGCCGGGGGAUAGGUGGUGGAAUGGCUGUGAGGGCCAGGUUUGGGUCUUCCCAAGGUGGAGCUGGUGUCUUGGAGCGCCCCAAGUUUGACCAAACCCAGUUUGAUCCUUCCACCCAACUUCAAGAAGGAGGAGAUAUUGGACGAUUGAAGGACAAGAGAGGUAUUGGAAGUGGAGAUAGUUACAGAGUUUUGCUGAUUGAUGAUGUUCGCCAUACCGAGAAAUUAGUUGCAAAGGUCUUGCCCCAAGCUGUUCCAUCUGUUACCCCUGAUGGGGCACGAGAUCUGUUUCAUAAGUCGAGGGAAGAUGGUGUCGCUGUUGUUGUUGUCACAGUUAAGGAACAUGCUGAAUUUUACUCCCAAAUGAUGAUACGCGGAGGAUUACGAUCAUCAAUUGAACCGGAUUCAAAUAGCUUAUGAAGUAGUUACCAUAAACUCUAGCAGCUGCUAUUUAACAAUGAUGUUUAAAAGUGGCCCAAUUUUGAAGUUAUAGUGGAAAUAAAAAUUUUGUAGGGAGUAAUGUCAGGUGACCUUAAUAUAUGAUAUUAUAUUUAUGUACCACGUUUUCAGCCAGACUGAACAGAACUAUUCAGAAACUCAUCGAGUGGAAUGAAUGUAUUGUUUGCAAUUCUCUUAUAAU